AUGACGCGGUCAGAAGUCGUGGCAGACAAUGGCACCGAGGAGAUAGACUCCACUUCCCUGCGCUACCGCAUAGCCGCACUCCCCCACCCACCUCCACUGCGUGUUUUGAGACGUCUCAAAACACACUUCCCUGCGCUACCGCAUGGCUGCACUCCCCCGCCCACCUCCACUGCGUCCAACCCUCCCUUCGCUCCCCUUUCCCCCCUCCCAACUCUACACCAGGCGCGGCCCAACAUGACGCGGUCAGAAGUCGUGGCAGACAAUGGCACCGAGGAGAUAGACUCCAUUCGCACCAGCUACGGAACUUUCCUGGAAACUGCCCAGAAGUACGACGCCCACCACGAUUUCUUUGACGAGGACGAGAAGAAGCAGCAGGGCGGCCACCGCUACGCCACUGUGCUCAUGUACCUCACUGAUGGGUUCAGCGGCGGGGAGACCGUGUUUCCAGACUCGGAGAAGGACAAGCAAGAGAAGGACGACACGUGGUCUGAUUGCGGCAAACAGGGUGUGGCAGCCAAGCCAGUGAAGGGCGACGCACUGCUCUUCUUUUCCCUGAAACCUUCUGCUGAGCCCGACCUCGCCUCCCUCCACGCGGGCUGCCCGGUGCUGGCCGGGGAGAAGUGGUCCGCCACCAAGUGGAUCCACGUGCGCUCCUUUGAAGAAGAGGAGGACGACGGGGAUGAGGGGAACGAGGGCGGGGAUCCAUCUAAAAAGUCGCACCCGCCCGGUGCGUGUGUGGACGAGAGUGAGCAUUGCCCUUUGUGGGCCAAAGCCGGGGAGUGUGAGAAGAACCCGGGGUAUAUGCACAGCAGCUGUGCUAGGAGCUGCGGCAAGUGCAGUGUACUUGCUGCUGCUGCGUGA